AUGAUAUCGACUUUAAUCAUAGUUUUUGUUUCAUUGCUCGGUUUGUCAGGUGUAUAUUCGACCCAUUUCGAUUGUUUUGAACGACCUGAUACUGGGGUGGGUCGUGCAUAUUUUGAAGUUUAUGCUUGGCAAGCAAGUAAUAGAACAUGCACAAAAUUUAUUUAUGGUGGCUUGUAUGGUAAUCGAAAUAGAUUUGAAACAAGUGAAGAAUGCUAUCGAUCAUGUCAUAAUGCUGUUCUACAUCAUCAAUUAGAUUUUAAAUCAACUCAUCGCUAUAGUGCAGUUAAUCGUUUACAUGAAAUUGUUCAAAUUGCACUUCAUUUAGAAAAAGUUGAUAAUGGUUAUUUUAAAUUAAUCGUUCAACCUCAAGGAAAAGCACUUGGUAUAACUAAUAAACAUAAUACAACAAGUAUUGAAGUACAACAAUCCAAUAAUAAUCAAACACAACAUUGGGAUAUUAUUCCAACGGGAGAAAAAGAUUAUUUUAGAAUUAAAACACGAACAGUGCCAUAUGGUCAUUCGGAUUAUAUGUUUUUACAAGUUGCUCAUACUGAUAAAAUACAUGUUAAUUUAGAUCGGCGUGAUAAUACUUAUCUUGGUCAACAAUGGCGAUUUGUUUAA